AACAUUCCGACUUCAAAAACCUUCCAAGAAACCAAACAACCACCGUGUAGUUUUCUUUCUUCUCCCCCCUAACAAUCAUCCAAUUUCAAUAAUGCUAAGGAUUUGGUUUUAGAGAGGGACAGAACAAUCACAUACCGAACUCCGGCCACAAUGGCCCCCAAGCUUAAGAAGGUGUUCGGCGCCGUCAAGGACCAGACGAGCAUCACUCUCGCCCUCGUCGCCUUACGGGGCUCAUCGACAUCCUGCCUGCUUGCCUCCCCUCCCUGCCGGCCUGCCGUGACCAAAACCUCCAACUGGGUCGUCGCCUUGAAAACCCUAACCGUCAUCUACACCACAAUGCUCGACGGCGGCCCCGACUUCCGGCGUGAAGCGGCCAUGCACCGCCUACUCGACCUAUCGUCCUUCCGGUCGUCCCCUUGGGACUUCACCGCCUUCGUCCGGACUUACGCUCGCUACCUCGAUGCUCGACUUCAGGCGUCCCUCCAAGGCUAUAUUUCCCUCCGUCGUCGUCGUCGCCGCUGCCCGACUGACCUGAAACCAGGAAUUUUGCUUGACCGGAUCCAGCACUGGCAACAGCUCCUUGACCGGGCAGUUGGAACGAGGCCUACCGGACUGGCGAAGACGAACCGGCUCGUGCAGAUCUCACUCUGCUCCAUCAUCCGCGAGAGCUUCGACUUGUACGAUGAUGUUGCCAGAGGCAUAUCUCUUCUUCUCGACAACUUCUUCCAGCUUCCUUACCCUUCAUGCGUAGCCACCGUCGAGGCGUGUAGAAAGACGGCCAAAUUGUUCGAGGAUCUCGACGAGUUCUAUGCACUGUGCAAGAAUAUGGGCAUAUGCAGCUCUUCAGAGUACCCAACGGUUCAGAAGAUAUCAAAGAAGUUACUCCAGAGGCUCAAUGAUUUCCUAAGGGGUCAUAAGGGUGCCACUCCACCACCAAGCUAUACCGAGAGCCCCCAGAGAUUGCUUCUUGGAUCACCGUCGGAGUCUGUGUUGGACUCGAUUCUACCAAGAAGGGGGAAGGAACCGGAAUCAGAGAGGGUGUCACGAAACCCUAGCAGUUGCCAGGGUUCAAUAAAUCCGUUCAUCAUCGAAGACGAUGAUAGGCGUUGUCUUUCGUUUCGUUCGUAUCGAGCAUCGAGUGCAAGAGAUGAGGAGAGAGGGUCAGCAAGAAAGUCAUUCGAGAAAUCGGCAUGGAUACAGAACAAGUUGGAUGGGGAGGCAAGGCAAAAGCUCAUUCAAGAGCAGGAGCAAUGGGUGAAGCAUCAGAACAGGAUCAUGGAGAGAAACCUAGCAUUUCUAUAAAUUGUCUGCCACGGGAUAUACAGAAGAAGGAUAAAGAUAAGAACACAGUUACCCCCAAGAUGGGAUUUUGAGAGUAUACAAAUGAAACGAAUACGUGUAGAACUGAGACUAUGACGUUCAGUUCAAUGAAUGAUGUUUCAAUUCAGAUAAUUCUUUCAAAUGAACGCAUUCAGCAAAUUUAUAUAGCAAUGAGGUAUAACUAGCAAGCAU